CUCUACUUCUUGGCACCUAUCAUAGAAAUCCAUUUGCUCAAUCGCUUGUUAGUCAUCGAUUGGUAGCUGUUAUCAUUGGAUUUCAUUCAUUCGCUCGUACACUUCAACUUCAGUGCGCGGCAGCAGUGCUGGCGUGGAGGCUGACGCUCACAGUUCAAGGUCGGAAUGACCUCUUUGAUCUUUCUCCUGAAUCAUAGCGUCGUCAUUGUGUUUUAUUUUAAGCAUUAAGAAUGCAAUCGUCCCUCAUCUCAUUGUGUAUAAGAUAACCUCAAUUCUAUGUUUUGUUACCCUCAUGAUUUCACUUGAUGCCAGCUAUCAGAAAACUCAAUCUGCAGCAUUAUGUCUUCCACAAUCCUCAGCACCAGCACAGUUACUUCCUCCCCCACAGCGACCGCAUCAUGCAUCACAGUAACACCAGACAAGAAUGGCUACGUCCCUGAGUGGGCCUGUAAUGCCAAUUACAUGUAUUAUCCCUCAUUUGCGGCAGCCCUUACAUUCGCCAUUCUCUUUGGAAUCACAACCAUUCUUCAUAUAUACCAAGCAUUCACCCAUAAGAAGCUUCGAUUAUGUUGGACUCUCAUUAUGGGAACUUCGUGGGAAUUCGCAAGUUUCAUCCUCCGCACGCUUGGCAGCAAAAAUCAACAAAAUGCUGCCUUCGCAACUGUCUCCCAGAUACUGUUGCUCUUAGCACCGAUGUGGAUCAACGCUUUCGAUUAUAUGCUUCUGGGCAGAAUGGUGUAUUUCUUCGUCCCCGAGCAAAAGAUCUGGAAGAUCAAGGCGAUCAAGAUCGCCAAAAUAUUCGUUUGGCUCGACAUUUUGUCGUUCCUCACGCAGGCGGGAGGGGGUGUGUUGAUCCAGCCUAGCAAUUCCGAAUCAACGCAAAUGUUGGGCAUUCAUCUCUACAUGGGCGGCAUCGGCCUUCAACAAUUCUGCAUCCUCAUCUUCCUUUCGAUCGCCAUCAAGUUCCACCUGAUCAUGAACCAGCAAGAAAGAUCGCGCCAGAUUCUCGACGGAAAGCCACGCAACUGGAGAAUGCUCCACUACGUUCUCUACGCCUCCCUCGCACUCAUCACCACCCGAAUUAUUUUCCGUCUUAUCGAAUUCUCAUCCGGUCUCGAUCCUGCGAAGAAUCCGAUCCCUUACAGCGAAGCAUACUUCAUGUGUUUAGAUGCCCUCCCAAUGUUCAUUGCGAUUGCGCUGAUGAUUAUUGUGCAUCCUGGCAAUGUACUACAAGGAGAGGGAAGCGAGUUCCCGAAAGGACCAACCAGAAAGGAGAAAAAGGCUGCGAGGGAGGCGAAGAAAGAGGCGAAGAAGGCGGCAGCUGAAGAAAAGAAAGCUUUGAAGCAGGCGAUGAGGAUGAAGAAGAUGGUUCCAUCUAUUGAUAUGGUUUAAGUGGAGACAUAUCGGGUAAUGGGUCAAGGAUUGGAGAAAACUGGGUUGAGAUGAUGACGAGUUACUCUUGUUUUUGGGAAAUAGAUGGAGUUCGUGUACGUAUACCCAGAUGUAUGAGCAUGUAAAGCUUGCUUG